AUGAACCAUGCCAUGCUGGCCCUUGGCUAUGGGUCUGAGAACGGGACUCCGUACUGGAUCAUAAAGAACAGCUGGGAGUGGAGGUUUAGGGUCCUUCUCCUAGAGGGGGUCCCUUCCCAGGUGGACAAGCUCCACCUGCCCCUCACUUCCCCCUGCAGCACAGAUAUGCAUCUGAUCUCUUUGGUGGCAUUGACCGGCCUGGUCUUGCUGAAGACGUUCACCUUGGCCAGGGACCCAGCUCUGGAUGAAGCCUGGAGUGACUGGAAGAGGACCCAUAAUAAAAUAUACCGUGAGAGGAAUGCAGAAGACUUCCGGAGAACCGUCUGGGAGGACAAUCUCCAUACCAUCGAAGAGCACAACCGCGAAGCUGCCCAGGGGAAACACACCUUUCAGAUGGCGUUGAACCAGUUCAGCGAUUUGGGACGACUCUCCUCUGCUCCCCAGACAAAAGAAGAAUUUAAGGAGAAGCUGAAUGGGCUCCGCCCUGACCUGCCCAGGCAGCAGGGGGGCGGCACAACCGUGCACGAAAAAUCUGGCACUCUGGCGCUCCCUGAAUUCGUGGACUGGCGCAACACAGGUUGUGUCACCCCGGUGAAGGAUCAGGGCAGCUGUGGCUCGUGCUGGGCGUUUGCUGCCGUCGGAGCCCUGGAAAGUCUCCUUUGCAUUCAGACUCGCAGGCUGAUCACGCUGAGUGAACAAAACCUUGUGGACUGUGCUUGGCCGCAGGGGAACUAUGGCUGCAAUGGAGGGUGGCCGAAUCGGGCCUUCCAGUACGUCCUGCAGAACAACGGGAUGAACUCAGAACGCGUCUACCCCUACACAGGACAGGAUGGAAACUGUAAAUUUCAAAGCUCAGACCGAGCGGUCAGGAUCCGAGGGUGGGUCGAUCUCCCUCAAGAUGAUGAGAGGGCCCUGGAAGAAGCUGUGGCCUUCAAUGUGCCAGUUACUGUUGCGGUGGAUGCUUCCUACUUCAACCUUUAUGGUUCAGGAAUCUUUGACUACCCCUGCGGGACCAACCUGAACCAUGCCGUGCUGGCAGUUGGCUAUGGCGUUCAGAAUGGAAUUCCUUAUUGGAUCGUAAAGAACAGCUGGGGACCUUAUUGGGGUGAGAACGGCUACAUGCGGAUGCGAAGAGGCGUCAAUCUGUGUGGCGUGGCACGUGUGGCCAGUUACCCCGUGUGACCAGCUAAGGCUCCACAACCCUUCCUUCUGGAAUCUUCCAAACUUCAGAGCAACGAAUCAUCAGGACGCUUCACCUCUUAUUUCAUAGCUACCAAAUAAAGCACUUUGAAAUCAAAUAAUAUAGAGUGCCAUCUCGAUUUUCAGAUAUUAAUAAAUACUUAAGCAUG